AUGAACUCAGUUUUUUGCUGGAUGAAGCAACAUGUGAAGAAUGCCAAACUGGUGAAGGAGAAGGAGGAGGCCAGGGCAUUUGUGAAGGAGCUUGAGGCCAAGGCACUUGCCAAGGAGCUGGAGGCCAAGGAGCUACAGGCCAAGCUACAGCUAGUGGCCUUGUUCAGUAAAGGUUCAAAGGCAUGUUGUGGUUCAAUGAUCCUUCUUGCUGUGUUUUUGGCACUCCUGGUGGCCAUGUUUAGUAAAGGUGCCGAGCCCCUGAAGCUACAGCUGCUAUGA